GUGCGCCCGUUCAAGAUGCAGCACAACCAACGGCAUCUCAGACACAGCAAGGCACAAUGGCAGCGGCACCUGAGUGGCUGACACACGAUUACAUUAAGCAUGCGCUGAGAGUGCACUACAAGGAUGCCAAAUUAAAUAUUGUGCAGUUUGAAUUGAAUCCGGCUCUGGGACCGGGCGAGAACUACGGGGGUGUCCUCACAAGGGUUCGAGUGCGCUUUACACUUGCUCAGCAACCAGAAAAGGAGCUGCUUCAGUACUUGAUAGUGAAGACCUCCUUAGAUGACGAUGAGCUGUCUAAGGAGCUGAUGGCGCCCUAUGACAUUUACAAUCGUGAAAUGAACAUCUACGAGGAGGUGCUACCCAAGUUGAAUGAGCUUCUCAAGGAAAUUGGUGAGUUCGAGCCGUUGUUUCCCACGGCCAUCUUCGUGGAUCGCAAACGCAUGGCCAUCAUCUUUGAGGAUCUCGGUAUGGCCAACUAUGUGAUGGCCGAUCGAAUUAAGCGCCUGGACAAGGAUCACGCUCACCUUAUUCUACGCAAGCUGGCUAAGAUGCAUGCCAGCUCUGCUGUAUUGAACGAACGCAACUCCGGCAGCUUGGAGAAAUACGAUAGAGGAUUCUUCAAUCGCUAUACUAACGCCUACAGUGGAUAUUUUGUAGGCGGUCUGCUAGCCGCCGCACGAUGGAUGAGCCAGGAGCCUGAGUGCGCUCAGUACGGGCAGAAAUUGUUUGAAUUAGCUCCUCACUACAUGGACAUAGGUCGCAAGUGUUUUGCGCCUCUGAGCGAGUCAGUGAACGUCUUGGCCCAUGGAGAUGUCUGGACCAACAAUGUGAUGGUAAAAUACGAUCCGGAUACGGGUCGCCCAGUGGAUAUUGUACUUAUUGACUUCCAAUAUUCGUUUUGGGGAUCGCCCACCAUCGAUUUGCAUCAUUUCUUCAAUACUUCGCUGAGGGAGCCACUGCGGCGAGAGGAGCAGAGCACUCUUAUUGAGUUCUAUCAUCGCAUUUUCAGAGAUAUUCUGAACAAACUUAACUACAAAGAGAACCCGAUUCCCAGUUUGCAUCAGUUCCAGUUGCAAGCCGAGCAAAAACGAUUUUUCGCUAUGCACUCUGCCGUUGUCGUGCAGCCCGUCAUGAUCAACGAGGACUCAACAGACGCCAGUUUCAAUGCUCUCAUGAACGACGAUGAGCGCGGCAUUCGGUUUAAGAAUCGCCUCUACAAUAAUCCCGUUGUUCAGCAAAAUCUCAAGGCCCUGAUGCCUGUUUUUGACAAAAAGGGACUCCUGGAGAUUAAUCAAUGCUGUUAGACUGUGCCACGGACCACGGACCUUAUCCGAUUGACCAUGUCUCCAAGGAACACAUUUUUAUUUCAUCACCGAAGGCGGUAAAAAUUAACUCCGCUUUCCAAAUUCUAGGUUUUAUUGUCUAUUAUUAUCUAGCCUAGCCUAGCCUAUCUACUUUGUUGUAAGUAAAGUUUUUUUUUAAAUGUUUUCUUUCUUUAUAUUUUUUCCCAAAACCAUCAGAU